AUGUCUGGACGAAUUGAGGGACGGGCCCGCGAUGGGGGAGUAGCAGCGGCUGCGUGGGAUACCGUGAGGGCGAAUUGGCAUCUGGGGUUUACGGGGUUUGGCGGCCCGCCUGUGCACUUUAAGAUCUUCCACGACAAGUUCCUGGUCAAGCUGCGAUGGAUUGACGAGCAGAUUUAUCAGGAAUUAUUCAGCGUGUGCCAGGUCCUGAGCGGACCUGGGAGCACCAAGAUGCUCUACUGUGUUAACCUCAUUCAUGGCGGAUUCACCUCUGCCGUGCUGGCCUUCUUGAUCUGGAGUCUCCCCGGGGCGCUGGGCAUGUACGGCCUCUCCGUCGGCGUCUCGAACAUAUCCGACACGCUGCCUCGGCAAGUCUACGCGCUCCUGUCCGGUCUCAAUGCAGCAGCCGUGGGCAUCGUCAUCCUGGCGGCCGUCGAGCUAUCCCAGAAAUCUAUCACGGAUAAGGUCACCAGAAUACUCGUCUUCCUCGCCGCCGCCGCGGGGCUUCUGUACAACGCGCUGUGGUAUUUCCCGGUGCUGAUGUUCCUAGCCGGCCUGACGACCAUUGUGCAUGACUAUCGCUGGCUGCACGGCCCAGUCAAGGCCGUGAUUAACCUAUUCCGGAGAAGGAGCGGUGCCAACGAAGGAGAUGUCGAGGAGGUUGAGAUGACACGCCGCGAGGAGCAGAGGAGCGAAACCAGCCCUGGAGAGUCCGUGAGGGCGUCGAGGGAUGUUCAGCGCCAGCUCACACCACCACCGGAGGAGCAUGACUCCAGCAAUCAGGUCGGCUCCUCGGCCGCGGAAGAAGUACGAGUAGUUCCUCCGGAGAGACGGUUCCACAUGUCUUGGAAAGUCGGUCUUGGUGUCGUCGUGGCAUUUUUCAUCUCCUUCGUUGUCAUCAUGGUUCUUAGGGGAGUUCUGCCGCAGAAGCCCCUUUUGUACCAACUGUUCUCCAACAUGUACCUCGCGGGCACCAUUAUCUUUGGCGGUGGCCCUGUAGUGAUCCCCCUGCUGCGCGAAUACGUGGUCGCGGAGGGUUGGGUCAGCCCGAGAGACUUCCUCAUCGGGCUGGCCAUCAUCCAGGGCUUCCCGGGCCCCAACUUCAACUUCGGGGUGUACCUCGGAGGGCUGACGGCCGCCAAUGCCGGGUACAACACUGCGCUCGGUGCUCUGAUUGGCUAUCUGGGCAUCUUUCUUCCAGGAAUCUGGCUUGUCCAUGGAACCAUGGGGAUUUGGAGUGCAGUACGCGCGCUGCGAUGGGUCAAGUCCAUGGUGCGAGGCGUCAAUGCAGCGGCCGUUGGUUUGAUCUACACUGCUGUGUACCGGCUUUGGCAAAUCGGGUAUAUCGACGAAGGCUACAAGACAGGGACGAGCAUGGCCGUGGAGCCAUGGUGGGUUGUCGUAACGGCCACGAGUUAUGUAGGAGGGAUGUGGUUCGGUGUUAGCCCACCAAUGACAAUCGUCAUGGGCGGAGUGAUGGGGCUGAUAUGGUACGGGGUGGUGACGGCUUGA